AUGGAAUCUAACAAUCCCUUAUAUUACCAUGACAACAACUCGUCAUCCAGCACCCUACAGUUUGCGGUAGACAGGAGUAACCUAGCUGGAGCUUCACAGAUCUCCAGUGUCGAUUUCAACAAUUUGCGUAAACAGCCAACUAAUCUGUCCGACACCUCCACUAUAAGUACUGUCACAACCAAGUCAAAUAACCCCCUCAGCCGCUUGUUCACAAAGAACAGGUCCAUGACAAGUAUCCUCAACAAGGGGAAUGACAUAGAAGAAACACAACAUGAUCCACAUAAGACAAGUGAUGGUGAAGAUGCAAACACUACAUCUCCUUCAAGCAAAGUAUCCAGAAUUACCACAAUGAAUUCGUCACCAUCUUCCUCAUCAUUGAUCAAACUAGGGAAGAAAUCCCGUAGCAAGUUUUCAAUAUCCACAAAAAAACCCGAACUUUCGAUUCACACGGCCGGCCAUCAUGGAUUAAAGGUACCGAAAAAGAUACGAAGUUCGGCGCUGCUCGAUGACGCUGCGAGUCCAGGAGCUGGAUCUUCUGGAAAUAAAAAUCCUGCGUCAUCCCCAGCUUCCACAUUUCACAACUUCUUUCACCGAUCACAUAGCAAUUCGCAGGCUCACGAACUGUUGUCUCUUUCGACAGACGACCAGAUUACCCAGCAGUCUGUUACUGUCCCUUCUCGUACAACCAUAACCCUUUCCUCCAGCAGCUCCAAUUCGGUAAUCACAGAUGUCAGCUUUGCGAUCAUUUACAAAUUCACCGACCCCAACUAUUCUCUUGAUGACUUUGAAUCUGCCAAUGAACACUCGUCUUUAUUCGACAUGCACAAGAAACUUAUGACGCCCACAGAUCAAUUCUUACUGAGUCGUUUACACAGGCUACCCAAUCAAGAAGUAGGUUUGGGAAUUGCUAGCGACGAUGACCCUCAGUUGCCAGUAGCUGAAGCGAGAAAUUAUGCGAAGCUCUUUAACUCAUUCUUGAAUGCUAUCAAACCAUUGAUCCUACCAUCUCAGUCAAAAAAGCUUUCAAAUGGAACUGAGCAUGCAUGUCUAGGUAUGCUGGUGGAGGAAUUAGGCGCCUCACUUCUUGAAGGUUACAAAAACAUUUCUCGAAAUGGCUCCACCCCAGAACCGAUAGAGCGAUCUCCAAGUACAAGGUCCGCAAGGGUGCGCAAAAUCUCCUCUCAAUUGCACUCUUCUAGCUCUUCGUCCCUUACCGAUAAUGUCCCUGACAAAUUCGAUGACUUCCGGUUCAGGGAAACCCAUGCUGAACUACAAAGCUUUUUUACAAAGUGCAUGAUGAUCUUUCUGAAUGAUUUUAGCAAGCAGAUUGAUUUUACUUUACUGGUCGACAAAGAUGCUGAAGUGAACAGAGAGGAAUUACUUCCGGAAGUCGUCAAGCUAUGCAAAGAAUGGGCAAAAGUUGAAGCUAAAUGGACGUAUUUCAAUAGGAACGUUCGUUUUCAGUUAUUGGCGAUUUUCCAUCCCCUUCAAAAGUAUUUCAACGAGAUGUUGAUCGAAAACGCAUAUGGGAUCAAGAAUUCGAUUCGAAUUUUGACCGAAAAUAUGCUUCUAGCGAGCUUUAGAGACACUAUUGUCAUGCCCUUUGUAAUCAGUCGACUACAGAGUUAUAGGAUGACAGAAGAUGUCAAUAAUUUUCUUGCACACUCACCGCUGUCGAGCAGCCUAGCAAGCCUGACUCCAAUUCAGAAGUUGACUACAAUUACUAAGGCCGAAACGCUGAAAUCACAAGAAGCCUACAUACUCGCUAAUGGCGGCCUUAUGGCAGGACUUUUGAAUUGUUUUGGCACUAUAAGGAGUCACAUGCCAUGGGAGUUAGCCACUGACCGUGAUCGGCUGCUGAGAGAAGAGGCUUACAUGGAAACAUUCAAUUGGUUGUUAAGUUACAGAUAA